ACUGGCUAUAUAUACGUUACUUGGACAAUUACCCCGUAGUUUGGGUUUUGUCUUGGACUAGAUAGUUUUGGCUUAGUGGUGAUAUAGCAAAGUUUAAUCUGUGAGGGAAAAAGGAAAAUGUAUAAAUUAACAAUCAUGGGCCUUAUAAUCACCCUAAUCGCCUCCAGUGAAGCAGCACCCGGUGGCGCAGUAUCUGCAAGUGGAUCAGCGGAAAUAAGCGGUGUUCCGAAACUACUUUCUUUUGAAAAUGGGAAUGUUGGUGUUAAUUUCCUUGGAUUUAAGGCUUCUGCUGGACUGGGAGGAUUACUUACGGGAAACGCGGCUCAUGGUGGACUUCAGGCGUCUGCUGAAACUCCAUUUGGUCAAGCAGCUAGAGCUGGAUUGGGCGGAGCAGUUAACGGAGAAGGACGGUCCCUGGGUGGCCUGUAUGCCGGUGCUACCGCUGGUGGUGGGAUCUCAGCAGGAGCAGGCUUAGCAGGGGACACAGGUGCCGAAGGAUCAGUGGGUGGUGCUUACGCAGGAGCUUCUGCCGGUGGCGUUGGAGUAGUGAAAUCCAGGACAAAAGUCACGGAAUUUGAGAAUCCAGUUGAAGUAGAAAAGCAAGUAGAAGUGUCGGCUCCCCUAGUUGUGCAAAAACAUUUUGAAGUGUCAGUGGCACCUGCUGUCGAAAAGGAAGUUGAAGUUGUUGAACAGGCUAAGCCUCAAACCACGUAUGUUCAACGUACUGUAAUACCAAAUUACGUAGAGAAAACAAUUCAAGUUCCAAGUUAUGUUGAGAAAACUAUACGAGUUCCCACUUUAGUAGAAAAAAGAAUCAGAGUUCCCGCUGCCCCAACUGUGAUUGAAAAAAGUGUAGAAGGGCCUCCAGCUAAUGUUGAUUUUGAAAAAAGCACUGUGCAAGAAGUUGCACCAGUUACUGUGGUGGAAAAGACGAGAAUCCGCACUCGUCCCCAUCGUGUACAUUUCCGCAAACAUUUUAACGCAUUAGGAGCGUUAGGAAGUGGUUAUGGCGGAGGUUACGGCGGUGGUUAUGGAGGUGGUUUUGGAGGUGGUUUCGGUGGUGGUUAUGGCGGCGGAUAUGGAGGAGAUUUUGGAGGUGGUCAAGCCACAAGUUCUUACACAGUGUCCAAAUCCGUCAAUCCUAAUUUUGUUAACGACAUAUUUAAUAUCCCUAUCUCGACGCUAGGAGCAGUCAGCAACCUGGUUAGUGGAAUUGUAGGAGGAACAAGUGGAUCGUUUUCAGUUUCCAAGUCAAUAGGAGCAUCUACCUAUUAAUUUAGAAUACUCACUCAAUUAUAUUAUUCAUACUCAUAAUGAAAUGUACAGUAAUUUUUACUUUUGAUAUAAUUAAAAAUUAAUGUUAAAUUACAUAAAUAUAAUUUUUGUGCCAGUUA